UAGCCAUCGACGAGGAAUCGGAGAGCGAGGUAGAUUUUCGACACUCCGCUCCCAAAUCUCUUUGUUUUUGUUUUCGAAUCCAAGUUUGAAGCCUUCACGCUUCAGCGAUCCGGAAUCCGGGACGGCCGUCGGAGCUUCCCUUCCUCUCAAGCUUCUCCAAUGCUCUCUUUGUUUCUUCCCCUCUUUUUUGGAAGCAAACCUGGUGGUUGAUGAUUGCUGCUACGGGAUCUCAAGGAUUGGUUGAGCAGAUCGCGGAUCCAUGGCGUGCAGCCCGGCUCACGAUGUCGAGAGCAGCGCGGUCUUGGAGAUCAAGGAGGCGAAUGGAGAUUAUGUGAGGUUGGAUAAUGGCGACCCCGUGAGGCUUGCGGCAGAGCUGUCCUACUGUGGCGGUAGAAUAUGGAGUUCGCUUUGUUGGUGGGUGAAGGCGGUUCUCCUGGGCGCUUUCUUGUUGGCUGUGGCCGUGCUCCUCAUCGUCUUCGGCGGUCCUUGGAUGGUCAAAAAGGUGGUUAUACCAGUGUUGGACUGGGUAAUGACAUCAUUUACCAAACCAGUACUUGGGCUGUUACUUUUUGCUUCAAUUGCAAUAUUUCCAACUCUGCUGUUGCCUUCAUCACCCUCUAUGUGGAUAGUUGGGAUGACCUUUGGUUAUGGUUAUGGAUUUCUGUUAAUUCUGACAGGGAUGAGCAUUGGCAUGUCAUUGCCUUUUAUUGUCGGCUCAUUCUUUCGUCACAAAAUACAUAGAUGGUUAGAAAAAUGGCCUGAUAGGGCAGCUUUUGUAAGAUUUGCUGGUGAAGGAGAUUGGCUUCACCAAUUCCGAUCUGUCAUUUUGAUCAGGAUUUCACCAUUUCCAUAUAUAAUUUUCAAUUAUGCUGCUGUUGCUACCAAUGUCGAUUAUGGUCCAUAUAUCUCAGGUUCAAUAGUAGGAACCCUGCAUGAGAUAUAUAUUACAAUUUACAGUGGGAGGCUUCUUCAAAGCUUAGCAUAUGCAACCAACGCUGGUGGUUUCCUUUCAUUGGAACAGAUUAUCUAUGAUAUAAUCGGCUUCUCGAUCACUGCUGCUGCCACUGCCGCUAUUACCAUAUACGCAAACAGAACCCUUCAAACUCUUCAAACAGAAAAUAAUCACAGUUGAUCACAAGAAGUUCAAAAUUGAGGAGCAUGUAGGCUGAUAGGCUGAUAGGUGAACUCUCUAAAUCUCCUGGUUUCUUGACUCUCAACCAUGCAGUACUAAUGACAGCAAAUCUUUAACAUGCUCGCUACUCUUCUUUUGGGGAAGAUUUUCGGAGUUAUUAACUAUGAUGCAUUUUCUGAAUUGUUUAUUCUUUUGUAGAUAAUAUAAUUUGUCGGUGUUUUUCUUCUUGUGGAAUUUGUUGUAUCUAAGAUCAACGAGGGCUGCAUGACUUUUUUUCCAGGACUUUUCUUCUUUUAUUCAUUUGUUGUAUUCUCUGGCCUUAGUUCCAGGGAUGUCAAAUUUUUUUAUUUUAUCUGAUGAGGGUUGAUUUUAUCGACAUUCUAAAGACAAUCAUAUUUGUAUUUGAUCUCAUCCGAAAUAUGCAAUGGAAUAGAUUGUAACGUCAUUCGAUUUAAA